CGGGGCUUUUCUUUCUCUUCUUCGCCUGCAUCAGAUUUAUUUCAGAAAUCUCACACCAUUACUACCUCCUCUCUGUAAAGCUUAUAUUCCCCUCUUUCCCUUCUCUCUCUCUCUCUCUCUUCUUUUCUCUCUCUCUGCUUGGGGACCUUUUCCUGAGGUGGGGUCUGUGAUUUAUUGACUACAGCUUCACUUCAACACCCUCACCUGAUAUUGCUUCUCCAAAAGCUUCUGCAUAUUUCACGAUUAAGUGAUUGAAGAGCAGAAAUGGCAGGAGGUGGAGCUCCAGCACCUAAGGCAGAUGAACCAGCCCCCCACCCGCCCAAGGAUCAACUUCCCAACGUUUCUUACUGUAUCACAAGCCCUCCUCCAUGGCCCGAGGCGAUCCUUCUCGGAUUUCAACAUUAUCUGGUGAUGCUCGGGACGACAGUCAUCAUACCGACGGCUUUGGUUCCUCAAAUGGGAGGCGGAAAUGAGGAGAAAGCGAAAGUUAUCCAAACUCUGCUGUUCGUCGCCGGGCUGAACACUCUGUUGCAGACAUGGUUCGGGACUCGAUUACCUGCCGUAAUCGGAGGUUCGUACACCUUCGUUGCGCCCACGAUUUCGAUCAUCCUAUCUAGUCGAUGGAGUGAUCCUGAUCCCAUCUCGAGGUUCAAGAAGGUAAUGCGGGCCACACAGGGCGCGCUCAUUGUCGCCUCUACUAUUCAGAUUGUCCUCGGCUUCAGUGGUCUAUGGCGCAACGUUGCAAGGUUUCUUAGCCCACUUUCGGCUGUUCCUUUGGUCGCUCUCGCCGGUUUUGGGCUCUAUGAAUUUGGUUUUCCCGGGGUUGCUAAAUGUGUCGAAAUCGGGUUGCCGAUGCUCAUAAUAUUGGUUCUGUUUUCUCAGUAUUUGGUCCACUUGAUACGUCCAGGGAAGAACAUCUUCGACCGCUUUGCGGUCAUAUUUUCUGUCGUAAUCGUUUGGAUAUACGCGCACCUACUCACUGUGGGUGGCGCCUAUAACAGAACAUCGCCGCGGACCCAAGCGAGCUGCCGAACCGAUCGUUCGGGGCUUAUCAAUGCCGCUCCAUGGAUAAGAGUUCCGUACCCUUUUCAGUGGGGAGCUCCUUCGUUUGAUGCUGGCGAGGCCUUUGCGAUGAUGAUGGCUGCGUUCGUUGCGCUCAUCGAGUCGACCGGUGGAUUUAUUGCCGUAUCGAGAUAUGCCAGCGCGACCCCUUUGCCUCCGUCGAUUCUCAGCCGUGGGAUCGGGUGGCAGGGUGUCGCUAUCUUGCUGUCGGGGCUGUUCGGGACCGGCAACGGAUCCUCUGUGUCCAUCGAGAAUGCCGGCCUACUCGCGCUUACUCGAGUUGGCAGCCGAAGGGUCGUGCAAAUAUCUGCUGGGUUCAUGCUUUUCUUUUCCGUGUUAGGGAAAUUCGGAGCGGUUUUUGCUUCGAUUCCGGCUCCAAUUGUGGGCGCGUUGUAUUGCCUCUUCUUCGCCUAUGUUGGCGCGGCCGGAAUAAGUUUCCUUCAAUUCUGCAACCUCAAUAGCUUCCGCACCAAAUUCAUUUUGGGGUUCUCGAUUUUCCUCGGCUUGUCCGUUCCGCAAUACUUCAAUGAGUACACCGCCAUUAAGGGAUAUGGGCCCGUCCACACCGGCGGAAGAUGGUUCAACGACAUCGUGAAUGUCCCGUUCUCAUCGGAAGCUUUUGUGGCGGGGAUCGUCGCGUUCUUUUUGGACAACACGAUGCGCAAGAAGGACGGGCAAAUAAGGAAGGAUCGAGGCAAGCAUUGGUGGGACAAAUUCCGGUCGUUCAAGACGGAUAAUAGGAGCGAGGAGUUCUACUCGUUGCCGUUCAAUCUCAACAAAUAUUUCCCGUCCGUUUGAAUGCCGGACGGACGGCCGAUCGUCGGCGUCGCCGGAAAAUUACAUUGUGUGUGUUGAGGAUGAUGAUGAUGGAUAUGGGAAUGUGAACUUUUGUUUUGAAAUAGUGAAUCGAAUUGGUAAUACAAGGAAAGUAUAAGUAAGGUCCUCCGCCGGACAGUUUUAAA